AUGAUCCACGCUCUGGUAAUCGGUCUGUUGGCAUCAGCUUCGCAGGCCCUCCUCAUAUCAUCUCCAACCGGUCCAUACGCCGUGUCAAUGUCCGUUCAAAGCCUGACCGACGAUACCCGACUCGACCCCUACGCUCCCCCAAACAACACACACCCUCGAAGACUCAUGAUCUCGACCUUCACGCCCGUCAACACGACCAAGAGCCCCUGCUCGGCCCGCGAAAAGGUCCCGUACAUGACACCGCUCGUGGCCCAAGCAUACGACCAGCUAGGCGUCGCCGUCGGUCUCCCCAACGGCACAUUCUCGUCCUUCGAGAUGGAGUUUUGCAAGCCGAGAGCACGCUCGUGCGGUCACGGACAACCCGAGUUCCCCCUCGUGCUGUUCUCCCCCGGCUGGGGUAACCCGCGCCUUCUGCACGGCGCCAUGGCCCGUGAAGUCGCGAGCCACGGCUUCGCAGUCGUGACUAUCGACCACUCGUACGACCCCUCGUUCGUCGAGUUCCCGGACGGCACCGUCUAUCGUGCUGUGGAAAUCGACACGGACGACACAGCCCAACUGGAGUUCCUCACACAGGCAAGAUGCUCCUCCGUUCGCGCCGACGACACCUCCUUUGUCCUCUCCCACCUACACACCCACCCCGUUCCCGGCAUCGACCUCGACCGCACAGUCAUGUUCGGUCACUCCCUCGGAGGCGCUACCGCCGCGGCCGCGAUGCUCCAAGACCCCCGCAUCAAGGGCGGCAUCAACAUGGACGGCAAGCUUCUGAACCCUGUUCUCGAAGCAGGUCUCGAUGGGCCGUUUGCGCUCGUGGGGAGGCCGGAUCAUGCGGACGAAGAUCCGACAUGGGACGCCUUCUUCGCGAAGCUGCGAGGACCGAGGGUCCAGUUGAGGGUUGCCAAUACCACGCACGCAACCUUCACGGACUUUCCCGUUCUGAUAUCUUCGUUGAACUUAACUUUGCCUGAGGCGGCGCAGCAAUUGCUGGAGAGCCAGCUGGGAAACCUUCAGUUUGGUAGGAUUGGUAAGGUUAUUGCUGAAGUUGUUGAAGCUGUCGCCGACUUGGCGUUGGAGAACAAAACUCAAUCCAUCUUGACCAAGAAAGGAAAUGGCGCUUUCCCGGAGGUUUCGGUGCUUGAGUCUAACCUUUGA